AUGCACUGGAGUGGCAAUCGGCUCAGGGGUACUGAUCCUACCGAGCACAAAUCACGUGAUCACCGACUCCCCACUGCUAUAAUGAUCCCUAAUUCUACACCACGGUGCAAUGUGGAUGUUGCGUGGGAUGCGCGAACUGGAACCUGUGGUUUGGGAGGAGUUUUCGGUGGCUCCCUUGCUACUCCCGAUCUGUCUGAAUCUCGGACUCUUGUAUCUUCUACGUUAAUGGCUGAGGUCUUCGCUAUUCGUUUGGCGGUCAUGACGGCUGCGUUCUCAAACAUUAAAUCCCUCGUGAUCCUCUCUGACUCUCUAACCUUCAUCACCCUGCUGAAAGGGAAGGAGACAAGACCAGGGUUGUUUGGAAUUUUGUUUGACAUUCAUCACUUUAGCUCCUAUUUCGAAAUUAUUUCCUUUUCCUUUAUUCCUCGCAUUCAAAACAUUGAGGUUGAUUAUGUAGCUAAGGCAGCUCUAGCUGAGGCUAUUGUUUCCCCGUAUAAGAUUAUUAUGAAUGAAUGA